AUGAUGGCACGGGGUGGCCAGCGUGACCAGUGGCAGUGGCAACGUCUGUUGCUGGUGGCAGAAGUGAAGCUGGCAGCGGUGGUGGCUGGAGGUAGUCGAUCACCGAGCUCACAAGUGCCCUUAUAUCUGUGGGGUGGUUCCAAGCUAGCGGCGUCUUCAAUUGAUGAUGCACAUUGUGCGGACUCGAAUGAACCAGAUGCCAGAAUUAUCACAUUCUGUCAUUUCUACUUCUCAUUAGGCUUCACGGUGCCAUUUUCAAAGUUCUUUAGGAAGGUGUUCUACGCCAUGGAGUGUGCCCCAAGCCAAUUGAGGCGCUAUGAGAAGUAUGCCCAAGUCCGUGUAUGCAAAGACAAGUUGUUUGACAGUCUCAAUCAAGGAGAUCACAUAUGGCACGUCGAUGUGUUGGAGGUCAGUGGUAUGUGGGAAGGUAAGGUCAGUGAUGCUCCACUUGUUCUCAUCACCUACUGUGAUGAGAAUGACAUAUGCAAGAAACUAGAUCUUGGGCCGAACAUGGCUAAGGGUUGCCGGGGUCCUAAACAUUCGUGCGACGAGGUGUUGAACUGGGAGGAUUGCUCAUCUACCUAA